AAUUGGAGGGGAGGAUCUAACUUAUACAAGCAUAAUGCAUACAACUAAUACAAUGUACAAGAUCAGGAAAAUUUUCUGGAUGGAUAAACGUGAGGCUCCAAUGGAAGCUGCCAUAGGAAGGAAGAAUUGUAAAGAAUCAUAAUUUCAAGUCUUUAACUCUCGAAUUUCUGGGAAAAAAUAAUAAUGGCGUCUUUUACUCUGAUUCAGCGACUGUCCCAUUUUCCUGUCUCCCUGAACAACCGCCAUCGGAGCCGGCUGCUCCACCGCCUGGCUAUUGUUGCAAGAAGAAAUAGAACAAUUAUCAGAGCUGAAAUUUCUGCUACUGGAGCUGCCAGUGUCGUUGAUGCUUCUUCAACUACAGCUACUUUUCUCGAGCCCCCUGACUCUUCUCCUUUUUCGUUUCCACUCUUUGAACCCCCUUCUCAGCCCGAAGAAUCUCCUGCUUCUCAGUUGGAGCUGGCAGACCCCGAUUUCUACAGGAUAGGGUUUGUGAGAAGCUUCAGAGCGUAUGGAGUUGAGUUCAGGGAAGGACCUUGUGGGUUUGGAGUAUACGCUUCCAAAGACGUUGAGCCUCUUCGUCGUGCCCGUAUGAUCAUGGAAAUCCCGUUAGAGUUGAUGUUAACAAUAAGUCAAAAACUUCCCUGGAUGUUUUUCCCAGACAUAAUACCUAUUGGCCAUCCUAUAUUUGACAUUAUUAACUCAACAAAUCCAGAGACAGAUUGGGACCUUAGGUUGGCAUGCCUUCUUCUGUAUGCCUUUGAUUGCAAAGACAACUUUUGGCAACUCUAUGGUGACUUUUUGCCAAGUGCUGAGGAAUGCACUAGCUUGCUUCUAGCUAAUGAGGGGGACCUUUUGGAUUUGCAGGAUGAAAAUCUAGCUUCAACCAUUAGACACCAGCAAGAUCGAGCCCUUAAAUUUUGGGAAAAGAAUUGGUACCCUGCCGUGCCCCUAAAGAUAAAGCGCCUUGCUCCCGAGCCGGAGAGAUUCAUUUGGGCUGUGAGUAUGGCCCAAUCACGAUGCAUCAACUUGCAGAUGAGGAUUGGUUCUCUCGUCAAAGAUGCAAAUAUGCUAGUCCCUUAUGCCGAUAUGCUGAAUCAUUCCUGUAAGCCAAAUUGCUUUUUCCAUUGGCGUUUCAAGGACAGAAUGCUUGAAGUGAUGAUAAAUGCUGGCCAACCAAUAAAAAAAGGAGAAGAGAUGAGAGUUAAUUAUAUGUCCGGGCAGAAGAACAACCUUUUCAUGCAAAGAUAUGGUUUUUCAUCACCAGCGAAUCCUUGGGAUGUCAUUGGAUUUUCUGGAAAUGCCCAACUUCAUCUGGACUCUUUCUUAUCAGUGUUCAACAUAUCUGGCCUCCCAGAAGAGUAUUACCAUAAUAGUGAGUUAUCAUCAAAUAAGGGAGGAGAGAGCUUUGUUGAUGGAGCGGUCAUAGCAGCAGCAAGAACACUGCCUAUGUGGACAAAUAAAGACGUGCCCCCAAUUCCUAGUCUCGAGAGGAAAGCUGUGAAGGAAUUGCGAGAUGAAUGCCGCCAGAUGCUGGCUUCAUUCCCAACAACUCUUGAGGAAGACCAGAAAAUCCUAGAUUCUUUGGCUGAACCUAGGAGCACACUUCAAGCAGCGAUAAAGUAUAGGCUGGACAAGAAAUUGUUCAUACAGAAGGUCAUUCAAACACUUGAGGUUUAUCAAGACCAAAUUCUGUUCUAGAAGUAAACUACCAAAAAGGGAAAACAUAAAGUGAUACUGUUUAUUGAAUUGUUUCCUUUCUGCCAUUUUUUGCCCUGAUCGUAUGCAUUUAACUUCAAAAUGUUCAAGUUGAAGAAAAAGUUAAAGCACGGAAGAAAAGGAACCCCCUUCAAGUCUGAAAUGCUGCUUCAACUUCUGAAUAGGAAUAGGAUUGGGUGAACUAGGAAGUGAUUUUGUUGUUGUAGACCCCAGAAAGCAGACUAAUCAUUUCUUGCAUUUUUUAGUCCAAAAUUCAUAGCUAUAGCCUAUAGGUAACUAUGUUUCUGAAAACUUAUAGUGAUACCGGUGGGAUUGAGUGAGGGAAAUGUUUAGGAAAUGAAUAAUUUAUCACAAUCAUGUUCAAUAAUAAAUUGAAACGUUGUUUAAUUCAUGAAGAACAUGAGAAUGAUUUCAUACUCAUUCUCUUAAUUAUUUC